GUGCAUGUUGAUUGAAUAUCUAAAUCACUCUACCUAACACAAAAUUACAACCUUUAUACUCCCAGUUUUCAACACCAAAUGCUGCAAAUGCAAGUACAACGUUGGUGACUAGUUUCACCAACUUAAACUCCAUUUUACUCAUUUUUUAACUCCUAGUCACCCCCAGGGCAAGCUACCAACCCACUUCUUACUCAAAUCCAGGUGGUCUACCCUUUUGGCUUCUUCCCUUUUGUUCUUUUGGCUCACAAAUCCCUCCAAUAUCAAAUAAAACCAUCUUCUCCUCCAAGCUAUUCGGUCACAGAUACUACAUCAACAAUGGCAGCUCCUACAUCAAGUCUCAAGCGUUUCAUCUCUUUCAACUUAUUAAUCAUCAUCGCCAUAUUCUGCUGCAAUCUUCGCUCAACGAACGCACAGAAGUUCCCCGCAGAGUCCCUUGCCAAUGCUUUCUUCUGUUUCAACAACAAAUAUAUUUAUACUGGCUGCGAUGAAGCUUAUAGAUUGAACGAGAGUGGUAACCUCAAUGUACCUCGUGAAGCUACCGACGUCUUCUGCAAUGGCCCUUGCUUGGCUGAGACACGGUUGGUGCUUCAAUGCGUUGACGAUGUUUUAUCAGGCUUCGUAUUUUAUAACAAAGCCACCGUUCGAGACAUCACAAAUGUACUCCGUGCUGGUUGCAGCUACACAAGCACAAGAGGGAAUUUCGGUGUGGGGGAUUAUUUUCAGGGAGGAAUAAGCGAUGCAUCGAGAUUGGGCGAGUCCUCUAUGAUCAGCUUGUCUACUUUAACACUGAUUGUUGUAAUUUAUGUUUUGAUCUUAUAGCUAGUUUAUGGCUGUAUCGGCAUUGAAAGACAUGUAU